AUGGCAAACACUUCAAUAAAAGCCGUGAAUAGCUACUUGGACUUGUUCACAUUAAACGCUAGUGACGUGUCCACUUUAAAUUCAUAUCAUGUUCCAGUUUUCCCAACAGUUUCGACAAAGGAAAUAGCGGCGCCACUAGAGUUUAAUGUUAGUGGCGUUCCCGGAGUCGACCUUAGCUGUACAAAUAACUUACUCCAUUCGUUAUUUGACAUGGUAGAAGUCUACAUGAAUGGAAAAUUAAUAUCAUCCAAACCGUUCUAUCACUACUGUGCAUAUUUGUUAAACCACCUCUCCUAUAGUGAAGUAUACAAGAAGGAAAUAUUAAAAAACGCACUUUAUAUUCGGGACACCAACGCUGAUGAGCAAAGUGAUGACAACGAUGGUUACGCAUCAAGAAAAUCGUAUCUUGCUAAAAGUCAGUCGGUGGAAUUAUGUGGGCGGAUCAUGGACGAUGUCUGUCUUCAACCUAGAUGGAUUCUUCCUCUGGUUGACUUUAAACUCAAACUGAGACGAGCACCGGUUAGAUUUAGUUUAGCUUCAGCGGUGGACACGACAGAGUAUAUAAUCUCGAUUGACGAAGCUGUAUUCUACAUCAAAAAUCAACUUGUGUCACCAAAAGUCGUGGAACUACAUGAGAAAAUUCUUGAUAAACAGAAAGCUUUGUAUCCACUAGUUAGGAAUGAGAUUAAAACUGUGUCAGUUGCAAAAGGUUCCAAAAUUCCUGUAACAGAAAAUAUUUUUUCAACCGUUCAACUACGCCAACGUAUUGUCAUAGGUUUGGUUGAGACAGACUCAAUUAGUGGAAAAUAUUCCAAGAACCCAUUCAACUUUGCUAACUUCAACCUGUCACGUUUUGUUGUCUCGAUUAAUAAUGUUCCUCUAGAAUAUCGUUCCUUGAACUUGACUUUCUCUACACGGUACUUGUUAGCUUAUCAAAGUUUUAUAGAUGGUUUGAGUCUGGAAAACAAGACCAUCGGGAUAGACCGCUCUAGUUUUGCCGACGGAAACACGUUAUUUGCUUUCCAACUACAGAGUUUCCAGAGUGAGACUAGUUUUUAUCCUACUAACGGUACAUUUAAACUCGAAUUAGACUUUUCUCAAGAACUUUCAGCUGCUGUUACUGUUAUAAUUUUAUCACAGACUCAGAAUCUCUUGACUAUUAAUAAGUAUAGGGAAGUAGAAAUUGAGAAUCAAGGACUUUUACGAUAA